AUGCUCAACACGAGGGUGCAACGCCCGCCGCCGCCGCCGCGUCGCGCACCGCCGGCGGCUGCCAUGAUCAAAGACGCAAGUUCCGACGCGUGCAUCUCCACCCACGUCAUUCUCAGUCUGAGCGGCGCCGCCCUAAUCUCGCAGCAGCUGCUGCAGGUGAAGGACCAGGUAAGCGACAUCAAAAUGGCUGUGACCACCGCUGAUGACUCCCUCAAAGCAAUCUCGACAAACCCGGCUGUACGGCCGCCGUCGCCGAGUAACGGCGCCACCACUGGCGGAGAUGAUGUCCAGUCGCUCGCCUUCGCCUCCGUGGCCCUCUCAAAGCUGGCCGAGGAGGAGGAGACACAGGAUGCGUUCUACGCGAAGCUCAGCGAGACGGCCGUUGUGCGUGCAGAGGUCCAGAAGGGAUCUCAAGAUGUGAGGCUGCAGCGGUACAAGCAGCAGGUGGAGUGUCGGCUGGCCUCCUCUAUGGCAGACGGCCUAUUGCCACCGCAGCAGCGCAAGAACAGUGUGUCGCCGGGGAAACGUCAGAUUCUGCUGAAUCCUUACAGCACCGCGCGCCGCAAGCUACCCAACACCGUCACGAAGAAGGGGAACAGCACCCUGCCAUCUGCCGACACGUCGAUGCCGCCGACCAUAACCAGCCCGUACCGCACCUCGACCUCUAGCAUUGCGCCGUCACCGCAGUCGCCGUUUUACAGCACACCCGCCGUCACUAACGGCGGAUACACUAGCUACUCUUCCCACUCCUCUGGUGCGGCAGGGUCGCCGAGUCGGGCGACCGCGCGCUACGGUGCGACAGCUACACCGCAGCCGGUGACGCACGAGGCGCACAGCGACCGGCGCCCUCUGCGGCAAGGAAACGCUAUCGCUGGCAUGCACUUUGGACAGCCGCCGCAGCAACUGCAUCAGAAUCACCAGCAAAGCAGCUGGCCGCACUACCAAGCCUUGUAG